AUAAGGUUUGUAUUGCUGCUCUGAAUAAGCUUUGGAACAGCCAUUGUUUCAAACAGAAAAGGAACAUCACCUCUGAUACAAGAAACAAUUCUGCACAACAGUACAGAUUUUAGAUUUUCUGCAAAUGAAAACAAUGCACAACAGAAAACAGUGGACACAAGUCAUAUUCCCCCUACUGCUCUGGUAUAUAGGUGAUGAAAUUAUUUCAGCCAAUGAGAUACUGCCAUGCAACACCACCAGAUUUAACAUCUAUGUCAACGACUACUGCAUCAAACAAUUUUCCAAAAGCAUGGCAUAUUUCAACUAUAAUGGGACAUGUUCUUGGCCAAAACCAAUUGUGCUUUAUCAGAACUUGACAGAUUGUGUAAACAUCGUAGCAAAGUACACAUCAUGCUUUGACCCGCUCCUGGCUGAAAAAAUUUUAAUUCGUCUGCAUGAAGAAUUCUUCUCCAUGUGCCCUAAUUCCCCUAACCACAUUGCUGACCCCAGCCUCUAUGUUAUGUUAUUCCUGGCUUUACCUUGCAUUGUAUGUACCCUUCUAAUGCCCUGUCUCUGCACAGCGAUUGUGCUAAGGACUGCAAAUCAGGAACAGUCCAUCAACUUACAGAAAUUCUGUUGUGGUCGCACAGGCAGUCAGUAGCUCACUGCUUGGAAAUUAAAUCAGACCGCUAUAAGAAUACACUUGGGAAAGAAUAAUAUUUAUGCACCAGAGUAAAACAUAUUCCAGUGCUGAAGAUUUAUUCUCAUUGUCCUACAGAAACCUUUACAGCAACAUCAGCAGCGUGUGUAAAUGUUGGCAAAAUGCCUCAUUUGGAAGGUAAUACUGUUUACUAACGCAAAAACAAAGAAGGACAAUCACAUCUCCAGACUUCAGGGUCAAAUUCUCAUUUAUGCUUCUUAUGUUGUAGGGUUUGCAUUUUUUGAGGUGUGAAACUGCUAGAGGUGGAAGAGCACUACUGGAAUUAAGAUACUGACUCAUACCAAAGACAGUGUGGUUGCACGGACUUUAACAAUGCUGCAGUUAUUUUUAAUUCUUCGGGUCAGAAGACAAAGGCUGUAAAUUUCAAGUUCUUCUUCCAAAAAAGUCCAACUCUGCUAAUGUUAAUACAGUUCUGUUCAACUGUUUAAUCCAGUUACUUAAAAAUGGUGCAGACAUUCAUGAGUAACAUGAACACUUGUAAGUUUACUGUUGGUAAGGAUUUUGAAUAACCUGACAUGUUCGUGACACAAUUUGGGGAAUCUGCAUAGGAGUCCAUGUUAUUUGUGUUCGAGGGGGCUUUAAAACUUCUUAUACCAUCCUUUAGUAGGAGGUAAUUCCACAACCAUAAUCUGCAAUAUAUCUGCCAAAAUUCAUUUCCCAUUAAACAAACUUUCAUUAAAUUUUUCAUUCCAUAUAACCCAUAUUACAUAAAACAAAUUCUUUUCUACCCUUCUUAUGUAUUCUUUUUAUUGUUCUUGUAAUAUCCAUACAUAAUCAUAUUCAUAUCUAUAUUAUGUCAUUGAUAUUCUCAAAACAUUUUUCUUCCCACAGCUUUUUCCAGAGUUUCACCAAUCUUUUACAUUUCAAAGAAACAUGCUCUGUUCUCUCUUACUCCUCACAAAAUAAGCAUACUCUUUCAUCUUUCUUUUUAUAUGGCAUAUUCCCCUUUACUGAAAACUUAUUUAUUACCGAUCUCCAUAAGUAAAGCUGAUACUCUACUAUCUUGGUACACCACUUUUACUUACUUUAAUGGCUUUAAUCACUUCUGAUAAAUUUUCCCAUGGAUAUUGUUUCAUUACAUUAUUAUACCACAUCCUUCUAUC